AUGCGUUCCGUCCCCUUCCUCGCCGUGGCCGCCGCCACCACCGUAACGGCCCUCCCGCACCUCCAGGCCCGCCAGAGCGACAGCAACCCCUUCGAGGGCCGCCAGCUGUACGUGAACCCGAACUACAGCGAAUCCCUCGAGCAGACCCGGGAAGCCUUCCUCGCGCAAGGCGACACCCAGAACGCCGGCAAGGUGCGCUACGUGCAGGAGCGCGUCGGCUCCUUCGUCUGGGUCCCCACCAUCAGCCACCUCAAGGACAUCGACGCCGCCAUCGCCAACGCCCGCGCUGCCCGCGACGCCACGGGCCAGGACCAGGUCGUCGGCCUUGUCCUGUACAACCUGCCCGACCGGGACUGCAGCGCCGGCGAGUCCGCGGGCGAGCUCCGCCUCGACGAGAACGGUCUAGAGCGCUACCGCCUGGAAUUCGUCGACCCCUUCGCCCAGAAGGUGAAGGAGGCCUCCGACCUUACCUUUGCUAUCGUGCUCGAGCCCGACGCAGUGGGGAAUAUCGUGACUAACCAGCAGGUCGAGUUCUGCGCGAAUGCUGCCGAGCCGCACCAGGAGGGCAUCGCCUAUGCUGUCUCGCAGCUUCAGGCCGAUAAUGUCGCUCUGUAUAUCGAUGCCUCCCAUGGUGGUUGGCUGGGUUGGGACGCCAACCUUGCUCCGACCGCCCAAACCUUCGCCUCCAUCGUCCAAAGGGCCGGCAACAACAGCCGCGUCCGCGGCUUCUCCACCAACGUUUCCAACUACAACGCCUUCCACGAGCCGGUGCCCCCUCCCUUCACCGACGGCAGCAGCUCGUACGACGAGUCCAGCUACGCCUCCUCGCUCGCGCCCCACCUCGAGGCCGAGGGCCUGCCGGCGCGCUUUAUCGUCGACCAGGGCCGCGUCGCCAUCGAGGGCGCCCGCGAGGACUGGGGCGAGUGGUGCAACGUCGUCGCCGGCUUCGGCCAGCCCGCCACUACCCAGACCGAUAACCCGUAUGUGGACGCCAUUGUCUGGGUCAAGCCUGGCGGGGAGAGCGAUGGCGAAUGCGGUCUGGAGGGCGCCCCUAUUGCUGGUGCGUGGUUCGACGAGUAUGCCCAGCUUCUUGCUGUCAAUGCCCAUUCGGAAAUUGUCCCCCUGGAGUAA